ACAGCAACCAUGUUGUGGAGACCGACAACCGUCUGGCCUCAUUAAGUGAAUCAGCGCCACUUCGCCGCAGCUGCCAACAGGGCCGUGUGGGCGCGCUGAACGGCUCCCCGGCCGGGCCCUCGGCCCCCUCGCGGCCGAAUCCCAUCCACGCCGGGAAAGCAGAGGCGCGGCCGCUCAAGGCCUGAUGUCGCCCGGCCGAUCCGGCCCCGCUCUCCGGAGCCUCGCGGCGGCCGAUUCAUCUCCAUGGCUCGCGGGGCGCCUCCCUCCGGCAGGUCUCAGGUCCCGGGCCUCUCGGGGCUCAGCAAGCUGCCCGAGUCCUCCCCUGGCCGGCAGGCCUCCUCUUCUCCAUCUCCUCGAUCCCUGCACCGCGGCCGCCCCUGGCGAGGCCGUUCACUGCAGCCCCAAAGCAGGCGGCCACACAACCCCGCGUGUGUGCAAAGCCGCAGGGCCGCCGUCCGCCCGGGGCGGGGCCUGGGGCGAGCGUGGGAGCGUGUGCGUGUGUUCGUGUAUGUGCGUGGAUGCGGAUGCGCGGGGAGCGCCGGGUGGCAGCGGCGGCGGUGGACUCUCCACCCCGGCUGCGUACAGUAGCGCGCGGCGGCAGCGGGGGCGCGCGGGCCAAUUCCAGGAGCCCGCGGCCGCGAGCCGCGCCCUAGCUGAUACCGGAAAGGCCUGUGAUUGGCCAGCGGCCGCCCCUAUGCAAACGAGCUGAGGGAAUGGAAUUCCUCGGGCCGGGCUUACAGUAAAAGCACGUUCAUUUCCAGGCACUCUCAUUCAUAGAGCCAGCGGGCGCAGGCAGGACGAGCGCCCCGAGGCCUGACCCAGCCAGGGCACCACGCUGCCCGGCCCUGCGCCGGCAGACACCUCUUCCCGGGGCUCCUGGGGACACCUGAAGAAAGUCAGUCUUUGCUGUUUCUCCUUGACCCGCGUCGGAGCUUCGAUUUUUUUUUUUUUUUCUUUCUUACUUUUGAAUGAACUGGUUUCUUGGCUGGAUGGUUUAACUUCUUUCCUGGGUGUGAACUUUUCCCCGGUUGUUUCCUUUGACAACUGCUGGAGAAAGUGCGCUGUGCUUCGAGGCGAGUGGUGAAGUUGCGUGAGCGUGGCAGGGUGUGCGUGCUUGUGUAACUCGAGCCGCCCCGUCUGUUUCGAUCUGCGCUGCGGAGCCUCCUCACACGGGCCGCUCCACCUGCUGCGGUUACUCUGUGAUCGUGGAUAUUGGCGCAUCUGAGUAGUUAACCGGCCGACGCUGGGGCGACGUUGGAGGAAGAUCGUCUCGCUACUGCCCAAGUCGGGGCUGAGUCACCGCAGUCGAUGCAGACAGCGGCUGGCUUCCGAAGAGUGCGUGCCUGCGUGCGUGUGACCCGGCUGCUGUUCACCUCCCACCAAACCGCAGGACCAGCCGCAAACUUAACCAACAUCCCCAAACCCGAGUUCUCAGAUGUGGAGAGCUGAACUCUAGGUGUCAUUGACUUGGACUUUUUUUUUUUUUAAGAUUAGCUUUUCUUUGAAAAACUGAAUUUUCUGAACUGAGCAUUUUGCCAGAAUUUAUUGAUAACAUGACAAGUACUUCUCGCCCAGCCCUUCUCCAACUACUGAAGCUGAGUUUCAAGGCUACUUAAAAAGAAAAAAAAAAAAAAAACCUGCAGCGAACAUUAAUGGAUUUCUGUUGUGUUUAAAUUCUCUACAGAUUGUAUUGUAAAUAUGUUAUGAAGUAGAGCAUAUGUAUAUAUUUAUAUAUAUAUGUGUGCACAUACAUUAGAAGCAGGACCUUUGGAAGUCUCAGCUCUUGCUUUUGAGGACCGAAGCCAGUUUUGCAUGAUAAAAAGUGGCGCCGUAUUUGGAAGACACUCCUCGUGUAUUUUCUGUUGUGUUGGACUUUAGUCAAAACUCACCUGG